GUGGGUGCGGGAGGCUGUGCAGCACCUGUGGCUGAAUUGCAGGCAGAUGCUGUAAUAGGGGCAUAUCGGCAUGAGCUGCUGCUGAGAUGAGGAUGAAUCAAGUUUUCCUGGCUAGGUCUAAAAUGACCGCUCCAGUUUGUGGUUAUAAAAGGGAUACUUGUUUUCAAGUUCCUCAUCAUGGCGGUACUCACUUCUCUACUCAAACAACUCGGUUGCACGUCUGUCAUACUCUUGCUCUGUGUGCCGUUCACUGGUGCCCGCUAUUGUCGAACAGUUCCUGGAGACCCCAACUUUCCAUCUGGUGAAGAAUGGAAUAAUCUGAAUUCUUCUAUCUCUGGCAGGCUUGUCAAGGCAGUCCCAUCAGCUCAGUUUUGCGAUAUGCACGGUGGCUGCACUGACGUGGAAUGGACCAGCUCGGUUUUUCGUGCCAACAUACCUGGAGCCAUGAAUCAGGUCAAUUUGGAGCAAGAUUACGAAUCUAUCCCUCCCUCUCUAUGCCAGAGGAAUUCGACAGAUUGUGGUCAGGGCAACGUUCCUCUGUACGCUAUUUUAGCAGAGUCUGUCGAGGACGUACAGAUUGGCAUCGCUUUUUCAAGCACUCACAACCUCCGACUGGCGGUCAAGGCGUCUGGCCAUGACUAUCUGGGACGCUCGACUGCGCGUAAUUCGCUUCUUAUUUCUACGCACAAGUUUCAAAAUAUUACCUUUACUGAGAACUUUACUGUCAGCGAGCGUAACGAAGGAUCGGCUGUCACUGUUGGUAGUGGAGUGCCCUUGAACACUUUGUAUCAGGCAGCCAAAGAACAAGGCAAGAUCGUCGUCGGUGGAGAUGCGGCGACUGUCGUUGCUGCCGGCGGCUACGUUCAAGGAGGCGGCCAUUCAGCGCUCUCUCCCCUGCUGGGCCUAGCUGCAGAUAACGUCCUCGAGUUUGAAAUCGUGACUGCUAACUCAGCAUAUUUGAAAGUGAAUGAAAAGGAAAAUGCCGAUUUGUUCUGGGCAUUACGAGGCGGCGGCGCAGGAUCGUGGGGUGUUGUCGUGUCGGCUACAUUCCGUACCUUCCCCACGUUCAAUGCUACAUAUUCACUCGUAGUGAUGACCGCUAACGACACCGUGGCAAUUGGCUCAAUCAUGGCGUCGCACGCCAAGCACAUCUUUGAUUGGGACGAUCUACAUAUGAGCCAAUAUGUUAACGUCUACGAAAACGUAACACUCGUUUUCAGGUCCUAUUUCCCCAGAAUAUCCUCGGAUGAAGCUGCUGCUGCUAUGAAGCCAUUCCUAGAUGACGCUCAGGAGUUUGGUCAGAUUAUUUUGCAGCAAUUCGACGAAGACAAUAUAAACGACGUGGUAACGGUAGCCGACGAUGUGGUUGGCUCGAACCUAGCGUUUGGUUCAAGACUUAUCCCAGCAAGUAUGUAUCGCGAUGAUCCUGAUACGGUCGGACAUGUAUAUACCCAGCUUUUGGAUGUUGGGGCUCUUGUCGUCCUCAGUCGCCUAGUCGCGGGAGGCAUGGUAUCAGAAAAUGCAUGGAUUGACUCUGCCAUUCAUCCUGCAUGGCGAACAGCAAAGAAUCAAGUACAAACAUUUGUCUGUGUUUUCAAACCAGAGCUAAUCUCUUUUCAGAUUGACCUUAUUAACAUUUGGGAAGACUCUACGUCACUGUCGAAUGUCUCCUUGAUUCAGAACACAUUCAAGGAUAUCCAACUGCCUAUCCUUGAACAGAUCGCUGGAACACCUGGUGCCUCGUACUCCAAUGAGGCCGAUCCUUUGGAAGAGGACUUCAGAACUACGUUCUUCGGACCCCAUUAUCCGCGCCUCGAAGAUAUCAAGAAGAAGUAUGAUCCAGAGGACCUAUUUAUUGUGGCGGCGGGAGUUGGGAGUGAUAAGUGGGACAAAGAUGGACUUUGCAGGGUAGACUGAAUCGUGCUCUCAUUAAUAUCGAGUCUCUAAAACCCUCACUCGGGUAAUCCUUACAGUGCACGGAAUGUUAUCUUUCUCUUAGGCUUCCUGAUGACACGACGCUCAUGCAAAGUAUUGUCUCCAUUGGGAGGAAUAGUGGUGAUAACUCUUAGAGGUGGGGGACCGAUAACUAAGUAAGGCUGGCAAGCGGCAAAGCCCGCUACUUUGACCGUACAUGACACGGAUUUUCCUGACUUAACAGAGUUCAGACUUACUCGACGG